UGUCGCGUAGCCGACAUGACGCGAUAGCCAGUCAAACUCGAGCUCGAGUAACAAGGUGACGAGCGACAUUCUCACAAAUAUGUCUGAUAAUAAAACCGUACAAUUAGUGAAAGCAAUAGAAAAGUUUCCAUGCCUAUACAACUACAAUAUGCCAGAAUACUUAAAAAAGGAUUUUAGUGAGAAAGCAUGGCAAGAAGUUGCUAGUCAAACUCAGCUCGCGGUUGGGGAAUGCAAAGAAAAGUGGAAAAAUCUAAGGUACGGCUUGCUGCGAAGUUUAAAACUAAAUCCAGAUGGAUCAGAAAAAAAGAAAUAUUAUUUGCAUGAUGACAUGGAAUUCGUGCUACCGUUUAUCAGAACAUACAGAGCUGACCCUAUAGUUUUCCAACAAGUAGACGCUGAAACAGAUGAGGAAAUGAAUGGUCUUAACGAUCAAGAUAAUGAAAGUGCCCCACUACAAAUUCAAUAUCAAGAAAUAGAAAUAUCUGAACCACCAAGAAAGAGAUCAAGAGAGAAAACGAAUGAUAAUUUUAUAAAAUAUUUGCAACAAAACCCAAGUAAUAAGCCGAACAACAAUGAAGUGAGCGACGAUUCAAGAAAAAUGUUCUUAUUAAGUUUGUUGCCUGAAGUUAACGCAUUAACCGAAUGCCAAAUGAGAAUGUUCCGAAGAAAAAUUUUUUCACUGUUAGACGAAAUUGUAGAUACUCCAAGUCAAUACGAGACGUGUUUAUUUCAAUGGCAAAAAGAAACCAUGAAUCAGGAAUCGCACAAAAGUUCAGAAACAAUUAAACAGGAACCACUUUGAUGACACGGAGUCGAUAAACCGAUGAAAGAAAUAUUAAUUCGAUUGUAUAUAAUUUUAUUGAAGGUGGGAUACAUACUAUUAUGUUCGUAAAUUAAUUUGGUUACUGUUUAUUUCCUUAAUAGAUAGCGCCAUCUGAAAUCAAAAUACACACCUACAGAAGUAGGUACGACAGAAGUCCAAGAGAUGGCGUUAAGUUACCAGUCCAUUGCUAAUUUUGAUUUCUGCAGGUUUAUGUACAAUGUGUAAUAAAGAAAAACGGUUAUUAUAACAAAAAA